AUGGGAGUCCGUGGUCUUACUCGCUAUUGUCGACAGAAUGAAGCACAGACGUCUGUCGAAGUGAUUGAUCUCCAUAAUGUGACACUAGCUGUAGAUUUUGUAGGUUUUCUCUACUAUUUAUGCGAUAAGUUGUUUCACGAGAGUCAUGCGUCGCCCUCGUGGCUUUUACUUGGUGGCUGUACAUUGCGACUUGAGAGAUACAUGGACACGUGGCUAAGAAACUUACAAAAGAGUCAUAUUCAUCUUGUAUUUAUCACGGAUCCACCGCAGAGUUUUGGAGGUGAGAGUCACCGUAAAGGCCUUUGUCUAGAGGACCGUGCACUCCAGAAAGCUCAAUUGAUUAAGCACUUGGCUACUAGUUUUAAUUUAAUAAAUAGUACUAGUAGUAGCAGUACUAGUAGUCAUAAUAGUAAUACUACGACAAGUAGUCAUACUACAGCUAGUACUACAUUGGGCAAGACGUUACUACAGACAAAUGGUCGAUUUCCAUUUGCUCGCGAGAAAUUACGUGGUGUAUUAAAGAAACAUGGUAUUAUGAUUACUACAGCAAGUCGAGAAGCUGAUGAAGAACUGGGUGCUUUAGUCCGGACAGGUGAAGCAUUUGCAGUCUUAGGAGAAGACUCUGAUUUUCUGGUCAUGAAAGGAGUCAAGUACAUUCCAUUUGAUAAAUUGAUAUUUUAUCAUGAGGAACAACACUGUGACGAGAUGAAAUUACGUGCAAGGGUGUUCUCGUCGGAAUUAGUAGCACAAACACUUGGACUACAAGUGGAGCAACUUGUGGACGUGGCGUUGCUCUGUGGCAAUGAUUUUACACCACUGCUAGACGAUGAGUACGGAAUGGCGGCAAUGCUGGGGUUUCCUGUGCAACGACAAAGGCCAUCCAGCUCGCUAUCUCCUACAGAGGCAGCAAGAUGGGUGAGAGAGCAUUUGUCGACAUUGGAGAACCCUUUUUUGAGUCAGAUUGAAGCAGAAAAGAAAGGUUUUUUGCGAGCACUGUUUGAAAUCUAUCGGUUUUAUGGACACACGGAAGUGUUUUUGAAAAAAGUUUCCAAUGGAGAUCAAAGCGAUUGUACCGGACUUGAAAAUGAAACAAUACAAGAUGUUGAUUGA